CCCCGUACAACAGUACAGUACAUUCAGACUUCAGUACAGUUUCUCGUCCGCCGGUAGUGUGACGUUGGCUCCUCGUCCGCCGCGACAUCAUAUCAUAAUAUUAUAUUUCGUUGUCGUCGCGCAUAUUUUAUUUUAAUAUCGAAAAUAUUCAUACAGAAGUUAUCGACGACGACGAAUAUAAUCAUUUUCGAGUUGGACGUAACAAUAUAUCACCUGUGCAGCUAAAUACAUAAUAAAUAUAAUAUUAUAAUAUAAUAAAUAUAUAUUAUAUUAUUAUCGCUUAUAAGCCGGCCGACUUUCAAAACACACACGACUACACAAGCCCACGGUCGACCGUGCACGGGAUUUUCGUGGUAACCAAAUAAACCGCCAUGGACCGACUGAGAGUGAUGACCGGCGCCCGGCGCAUGUUCAACGGACCGCUGCACAAGUGUUCCAAAGCUUCGACGGGCCACUGUCGCACGUCGCCGUCCUGGACUGCGUCCGGGUCACACGCGCCGUGCACGACUGUAGCCGUACGCAUGUUCGGCGCCACUUCCUCCCGCUCCACCCCUUCGUCGUCUACCGGACCGAUAAUCUUGGAAUCGCCGUUCGGCACCGUCAACCCCGUGGAUGUCACCCUGCCAGAAUACAUAUGGAGGAACGUGGACAAGUGGGAAGACAAGCCGAUGAUUACGUGUGGUAGUAGUGGCAGAUCAUACACUUAUGGCGAAGGUCGAAUGAUUUGCAGAUUAUUCGCUAGUACUCUUAUUUCGAAACUUGGUUUGAAAAAAGGUGAUGUGGUUGGGUUAUUGUUGCCUAACCUACCAGAGUACGUUUUUGCCAUUCAUGGAGCCCUCGAAGCAGGACUAGUCGUCACUUUUGUUAAUCCUCUUUACACUCCCAUGGAGGUAAAACGACAGUUCGAAAACGCUGGUGUAAAACUCUGCAUGACAAUCUCUUUAUUACUUCCUGUAAUUAAAGAAGUAUCCCCUAGCCUUAAAGAUUAUGUGGGCACCAUAGUAUUUGGCGGCGAAGAAGUUGCGAACGAAAAAGCUCACGUGUACGAUUUCAAGACUUUAGUCUCAGGACAAACGCCCGGCGAACUACCAAAAUCGUUUGCCCAUGAAGUUGCCUUAUUGCCAUAUUCUAGUGGUACAACCGGGCUUCCAAAAGGUGUGAUGUUAACCCACAGAAACUGUGCUAUAAAUUUGGAACAAUGUAUAAACAAAGAUAUCAUCAGUUAUGAGCCAACAACUGACACCUACCAAGAAAGAGUUCUUAGUGUUCUACCAUUCUUCCACAUUUAUGGAUUUAAUGGAAUAUUAAAUGGAGUAUUAUCACAUGGUCUCCAUAUGAUUACCAUACCAAAAUUUACCCCGGAAUCAUAUAUUGAAUGUGUGCUAAAAUACAAGCCAACAUUUUUGUUUGUGGUGCCUUCAUUACUGUUGUUCCUAGCCUCUCAUCCAUCAGUAAAAGCAGAACAUUUAAGCUCAAUCAAAGAAAUCACAUGUGGUGCUGCACCAGCAUCGAAAGGUCUUAUCGAUAAUUUUUUACUUAAAGCUCAAAAAGACAUUAGAAUUAGACAAGGUUAUGGAAUGACCGAAUCAUCUCCCGUGACUUUAUAUACAAGAGUUAACUUGCCUGAGAAUAAAACCGGGAGUACAGGACAACUCGUACUAAGUACUCAAGCUAGGGUGGUCAGUUUAACCGAUGGCUGUGACUUGGGACCACAUAAAUCUGGAGAACUAUUGAUUAAAGGACCCCAGGUGAUGGCUGGAUAUCUUAAUAAUGAAAAAGCAACUAAAGAAACUGUGGAUGAAGAUGGUUGGUUACAUACUGGUGAUGUUGUCUAUUAUGACGAGGACGAAUAUUUCUUCGUUGUAGACAGGACUAAGGAAUUGAUAAAAGUCAAAGGGAAUCAAGUAUCGCCUACUGAAUUGGAGAAUUUGAUUUCCCAGUUAAAGGGUGUUGCUGAUGUAGCCGUAGUAGGUAUACCAGAUGUGCUCUCCGGAGAAAUACCAAGAGCUUUCGUUGUAAAGCGACCAGGUAUGGACAUUGAUGAAAAAACUAUAUUAAGCCAUGUUGAGAAGAAUGUAGUAGCAUACAAAAAAUUGGCUGGAGGUGUUAAGUUCUUGGACAUGAUUCCACGUAAUCCGUCUGGCAAAGUAUUGAGAAAUGAACUUAAAGUGUUUGGCAACAAUCCAAGCGAACAACCACAGAACUGAAUUUAAAUGAUAAAAAUAAAUUUUUUUAAAAUUAUAUCAAUAUAAUUAAAUACUUAUUUAUUACUGGUGUUUGCAUAUGUAAUAUUUUAUAUAUGCUGGA